GUGCCGCGUGUGCAUGACAGUUAAUGGAGGAGAACGGCUCUUCCUCCUCCUCCUCCGUCGUCGUCUUCGUUACGUUGGCUCAUAAACCAGAGAGUGGGGAAGAGGAAGACGAAGAACGAAGCUUUCAGGAGCAGACGGAAAUGGCGCUCAGAGCAGCUGUCACGAUGUCCAUCGGAAGGCAGAGAAGCACUUCUCAGCUCAGAUUCAGAUUCCACCGCCCUCCUGCAAGCCCUCUGCAGCGGCCCGUGUCACCUCCCCACCUCCAAGCUGGAUUCAUGGGGUAUCCCAUUCGUGCGAUACAAGGAGCCACUGCAGAGGCAGCAGUUCCCAAGAAGGAAGAGAUGCCCCCGCAGGACUGGAAAAUUAAGAUGCUCUACGAUGGCGAAUGCCCGCUUUGUAUGCGCGAGGUGGAUAUGCUCAGAGAGAGGAACGAAGAUUACAACAGAAUCAAUUUUGUUGAUAUCAGCUCGGAUGACUACUCGCCUGAAGAAAACCAGGGCAUUGACUAUAAAACCGCUAUGGGAAGGAUACACGCAAUCCUUUCGGAUGGAACUGUGGUGACGGAUGUUGAAGCUUUUAGAAGGCUAUAUGAGCAAGUCGGUCUCGGGUGGGUCUACGCAAUCACAAAGUACAAGCCUGUUGGGGCUCUAGCUGAUGCAGUUUACGGUGUUUGGGCAAAAUACCGUCUACAAAUUACAGGGCGCCCAGCCAUAGAAGAGGUCUUGGAAGCCCGGAGGAAGAGCAAGAGUCAGGUUUGCGGCGACAGCAACACCUGCAAGACGGGAAGUGCUGAUAGUUGAAAAGCUAGGAAAUUGGGCAGACUACUCAUUGGAGCUGUGGAUAUGUAUCCCAGUCAUACUUCAUAGCAUUAACAUCCCCAUGGCUGUAUGGGUCGUUUCAUAGUGAUUACAGCUUCAGAAAAAGAGUGUGCUUUCAGAACUGGUCAGGAAAACAUAAGCAACAGCUAUCAGACUCACCAAAUUUUAUACAAAAUAUACUUGGCAUGUGCCGAUCGCAAUAGAUAUCCGUUUAACAGGGUUCCACCAA